AUGGCGUCGUUUAUGUUUCUACAAUGCAUUCUUCUGUUGUGUACCACAGGCGUCUUAUCUCUAGCCAUCGAGCACGAAUCUGAUGUCGUCAUUUAUGGCAACACGGUCGCCGCCGUGGCAGCUGCCAUUCAAACUGUUCGAAUGAACAAAACCGCAGCUAUAGUAUUUCGAGGAGAAAGACUUGGUGGGUUGACGACAUCUGGUUUGGGCUGGACGGACUCAAAAGAUGGCAAUACAAUUGGUGGUAUAGCGAGAGAGUUCUACGAGAAGGUCUACGAGUACUACGAUAACGACGAUGCCUGGAAAUACGAAACAAGAGAUGAUUAUAUCGACAAGCGCAUUCGAGCGCAGCCAGGUCCGGCUAUUGGCGAUAAAGUUCAGUGGACAUUUGAGCCUCAUGUGGCAGAGAAAAUCUUGGAGCAGUGGAUCAAGGAUGAGAAAAUCCCCGUCUUUCGAAACGAGUCGCUAGUCCGUUCAGAAGGCGGUGUCGAGAUCGAUAGAACACAGAUCAAGUCCUUCAAAACGGAGUCUGGGUCAACUUUCUCAGGGAAGAUGUUUAUCGAUGCGGGCUACGAAGGCGACCUGAUGGAGACCGCGGGAAUCUCAAACCGAGUAGGACGGGAAGACGAGGAGGAGUUUCACGAAUCAGCAGCUGGUAUCCAAAUGAACGCUCCCAAUCUUCUUACGACAAUUGAUCCGUACAACGACGAAAAGGACCCAAACAGUGGAUUUAUUCCAGGCGUUGGAAGAGUCACCACCGAGGUCGCUGCCCAAGAGUCUCGUGGUAGAAAGGAUCAUCGCCUCCAAGCCUUUAAUUAUCGACUUUCCUUGACUAGAAAGGAGGACAACAAGAGGGAAUUCUUCAAACCAAAGGGUUACAACGAGUCACACUACGAGAUUCUCUUUCGUUACAUCAAAGCAGGUCACGAAGGUCCUUUCUUCACUACUCAGCUCAUGCCGAACCUCAAGACCGAUACCAACGCCGCAGGUCUUGUCAGCACUGAUCUCAUCGGCGGAAGUUACAACAAAACGUCUAAUUAUGCCGAGUACUCUUACAAAGACCGAGAAGAAACUGCCAACAGACAUAAAGUUUGGGCACAAGGACUGUUGUGGACAUUGGCAAAUCACAAAGAUGUUCCAGAGCACAUUCGCACCGAAGUUAGCUUUUGGGGCUAUGCUAAAGAUGAGUGGACGGGGAAUAAUAACUGGCCGUAUGAGAUUUAUAUCCGCGAGGCUAGACGCAUGAACGGCGUUUACACGAUGACACAACACGACAUCCAGAACCCGAAAGAGUACAACGAUACUAUUGUAGCGGUUGGCUACUACACACUUGACGUACACCAAGUCGAGCGUGUCGUUGUUGAAGAUCGAAUAUACGACGAAGGACUAGUACAUGUUCCGAAUCCAGGACCUUUCAGUAUGCCAUAUAACUCGAUUAUCCCGAAUAAGCAGGACGCUACCAACUUUCUUAACCCUGUGACAGUAAGCGCUACACACAUAGCGCUGUCUGCGAUUCGGAUGGAGCCAGUUUAUAUGAUCUUGGGACAAAGUGCAGGGACAGCUGCUGUUCUGGCGAUAGAGGAUGAUGUGAGCGUGCAAGAUGUUGAUCGAAAGAAGUUGAAGGAAAGGUUGGAGGGUGAUACCCAGGUUGUGGAAUCUUUUGCGACGAUUUUGAGGACGGGGUGUUUACAUCUGGUGGUUUUUGCGACGGCAAUUAUUUUGUUUCAAUUUCUUUGA